AUGACGGGUUGUGGUGCAAAAGAGAAGGAACUUGUGGAAGCUGCCAUGGGAGCUUGCAAGAGCUUGUAUGGAAGGUCCUUGCAUGAUAUCGAUGCUAAAGGGAUUUUGGCUACUGAGAGUCAUAUUAUGUUAGGGAAGAUGGCUUUGGAAUCUAAGGAUAUUAUUGUUGUUGAUCAUACUGAGAUUUCUAUCUCCAAUCCAUUUUGCCAUGAUGAUGAGAGGUCUGCCUUGAUGAAGAUCAAGAAUAGCUUUGUCAUUGACAAGCAUGCUUCUGUUUACGAACGAGCUUAUCCCAAGGUUUUAUCUUGGAAAUAUGAAGGAGAAAACACCAGCUGUUGUUCAUGGGAUGGAAUUCAGUGUGACGAGGAUACGGGUCAUGUGAUUGGUCUUGACCUCAGCAGUAGUUUCCUCUGUGGCUCUAUCAACUCCAACAGCACCCUUUUCAGCCUCAUUCAUCUUCAGACACUCAACCUUGCUGAUAAUAACUUCAAUUACUCUCAUAUUCCUUCUGCCGUUAAGCAACUUUCUGGUCUAACUUACCUCAACCUCUCUAAUUCUACGUUUUCUGGCCAAGUCCCAUUUGAAAUUUCAAAUCUGUCCAAGUUGUCCACCCUUGAACUGUCUUUUAAUUCAGAUUCUUUUGGAGAAAAGCUUUUAUAUCUUAAAAAUCCUGAUCUAAAAAGCCUAGUGAGAAACUUAACUAGUUUAGAAAUUCUUUGUCUUAGUUACGUGGAUAUAUCAUCCACAAUACCCGAUUUCCUUGCAAACUUCUCUUCCUUGAGGUCCUUGCAUCUUGCAAAUUGUGAAUUGUACGGUGAGCUUCCUUUGAAUAUUUUUCAACUUCCAAACCUGCAAAUUUUCAAUGUAGGAUCAAACAAGAACCUUACUGGUUAUUUGCCGGAGUUCCACGAAAUAACUCCUCUUACAAUAUUGGUACUUGCAGAUACUCAAUUUUCUGGAAGCAUACCUUUUUCAAUUGAAAAGCUCGACUCAUUGGAGAAGUUAAAUGUUGAGAUAUGCAAUGUUUCAAGUAUUAUUCCAUCUUCACUCGGUAAUCUUGCCCAACUUACUGCAUUAUAUGUUUCUUUCAAUCGAAUAAGUGGUCCAAUCCCACCUUCACUAGGCAACCUCACCAAACUAAAAGUACUCGAACUCUCAAAUAACCAAUUGCGUGGGCCAUUUCCAGAAUCAUCAUCUAGGCUCAUCGAUCUUGAACGUUUGAGUUUAGUUGAUAACAAUUUGGGUGGCAUUGUGAGAUUCAACAUGUUUUUUAACAUGAAAAAUCUCACUGAACUCCAGCUUAGUUCUAACAAUUUUUCGGUGGUCUUUGAAAAAAUAAACAUAAAUGAAACAAGUCCAAAAUUCCAGUUUCUCGCAUUGUCUUCAUGUAAUUUAUAUGAAUUCCCAGGUUUCCUUAGGCAUCAAAAUGAGUUGGAGUGGUUGGAACUUAGUGGAAACAAAAUCUACUGUCAAAUACCGAAGUGGAUGUGGAACACAAGUGUAGACACUUUGGUUGCUUUGGACAUUGCUGACAACUUCUUAACAGGCUUUCACCAAUAG